GAAACCUUUAUUCCGUGAACCGUGCGCUUUGUAAACACACAAACAAUUCUUCGAACCGGAGAGUUUUAUAUCAUAAUUCUCUUAAUAUUUUUGCUAAGACGAUGUCUUCCGAAGAGAAUGGAGAAAAACCUGUGGGAGAAGUGAAAACUUUUGAAAACUCUUCCGAGGAAAGUGGAGCUGAAGGUGACAGUGGCAAAGCUGCAAACGAACAUGAGGCAUCGGAUGAGGAGAAGGAGGAAAGCAGAAAAACUCAGGAAAGUAACACAGUCACUGGGAAAAUAAAUGGCGGAGACAAUCAUAAAGAGAAAAACACACCUGCUCCUGAACCUGUACAGAAACCAUCAGAUAAACGGGAAUUAACUAACCCAGACCCAAACGGUGACAAAGGUGAUCAGACUUCUGCUGACGAAUGUUCGAAAAAAUGUGAGCAGCAAUCAAGUCCUGAGAGAGAGCGACGACCGAAUCUUAUCCUCACCUCGAAUCCUGGUACCAAGUCGCCAUCAAGUCAUUUUCGCCUCAUGGGAAUUUUCCUCGCCGCCGCAGUUGCAUGCAUUGCUGUGGCUAUCUACCUUGGUCCCCCUAGGGACGAGGUGAAGACUGCCUUUGACCCGGUGAGAGUCUUCGAGAAUGGGCUUCCAAAGUUAAAGUUGUUAUUCACUAAUCAGAGCGACCGGUUUUGGAAGAUUUUAAGAGGUCGCGGAUUGGCUCAUCUGCGGAAUAAGGAUCCUUCACAACCACUGGUGUUCUUACUGGCUGCACCUCCAGCAGCACAUGAAUGCGUGGAUUGCCUGGCAACUAAAUUAGCAGAACUGCUGGAUCCAAGACAUAAAAAAACUUUGGCCAGAAUUGAUGGUGAAAACGAGAAAGCAAAUCCUCCAAAUGACACCAAACUAACGAUGGACAAAUUUUUGAAGGAAAAAAUAAAGGAUAGUCAUAGGGUAGUCCUCAUCCAUCACCUUGAGCUUCUCCCACCACCCUCACCGCUUUUGUUUCACUCUUAUUGUGAUGAUCAAAAUGCACCAGAUAAGCACUUGGCCAUUAUUUUUACUGUACAUAUGCCAGUAGAGCCCAGUCCAUCUCUGUCUCCUAAAGAAGCAGAGGGAAGUGUGGAGAAAUAUCUUUCAGGUGAUGUUUGGGCAAAGGAUAAUAAGGAUGCAGUUGCUUCUCUCCUGGUCCGCAUUGCUGACACCGUGGUGCUUAUGAACGGCGAAACUAGCAGUUCAGCAAGGGCCAUUUGUUCUUAAUCCACUAACUGUUAACAUUGAUUGGCAGGAUGAGUUAGUGAAUCAUUGUUACUCUGCUGACAGAUAUGUAGGAUUUUAUAGAAUAGAGCAAAUUUACAAUUUAGUCAACCAGAGGAUGUUGUCUUGAUUGAGCACUUGAUUCUCAGGAGUUGCUGACAAGAAAAUGUAAGGUUCUCAGGCAGGAGAAUUAGAAUUUAGAUCUAGAGUAUGAAAGAACUAUGAUUUGUAAGCUGAGGUCAAACAUGUAACAAUUGAUUGCUUCCUUUUCAUAGUGUUAAGUAAGGACUCACCUGGUUACUUUGGUUUGUUUUCUGUAGAAUGUUACUAAAUGAGAACUAUUGACUGUUCAAAGAAUACAGUAGAUGGUUCACAAUGUAUGCAAUUUAACAACUUACUUAGCAAUUUUGUCUACUAGUCAAAGCUAGACCUUUUAUAUACCUGUAAAUGUUAGGUUGUGUGGCAAACUAAAGGUAGUCCAAAAGACUUGUCAAAUUUGAUUAAGACUGUACCAUCUACCUUUCUUCAAUUCCAGUGAAACUGUGAAGUUAAAUGUCAUCAAGGGAUCUUUUUUUCUUUGGAAGUAAGUUUCUUAUUUUGGACACUAGUGUCCCAUUUUAGAUUUUUGUGUCUGAUUUUUAACACUGGUGUCUGUUUAUAGACAGUUCUGUAAUAUUUUAGACACAAUGGUCUGAUUUUGGACACUAGUGUUUGAUUUUGGAUAUUAGUAUCCAUUUUUUUACAGUAGCGUGCAAUUUCAGACACUAGUAUCUUGUUUUAGACACUGGUGUUUUCAAUUUUUGAUUUUGUAUGAAAAUUGAAUGGACGAAUGACACAUGGACCUUAAUAUGAUGUGAUCCACUAACGUUGAAAAUAGAUCAAGUCGAUGGAAAAAACACAUACCGCCUACAAAGAUGAUAAUACGGACCACGUAUAAAGCUGUCAAUUGUUUCUCAAAUGUUGCAUAUGUUAAAUAUUCAAAAGUGAUAUCUCAUUUACAUCUACAUCAACUUUUAUUACGUUGGUAAAAUCUGUUCAGACAUCACACCAACCAACCCACAUGCAAAGUGAGAAGACUAUAUGAAGGCUUGAAAUUAUAUUAUGAUCGAUUUUCAUCAAGAAAUGGGCCAGGAAUAUUCCAAAAUAGUGCAAAUAAUCGUGAAAGCUGAUUGCAGAAAAGCGAUUGUGUGACACUUUGUAAGUUGUAAGAUGACAUGUUAUCACAUACCAGACUAAAACACUCUUCAGAUUCUCAGUCUGCAUUUUGUACCCUCUCUGCAGUCUGCAGUCUACAUUUUGUAUCCGGUCUGCAGUCUGCAGUCUGCAAUUUGUACUAACAGGUAUCCAUAGUGCUAAUACAGUUUAUUUUUGGUUACAGUGCCAGACUCAGGAUUACAGUUAUUUGCACAACACACUCAAUCUACCACAAAAUACCUGCAUGUGAGUUAAUUUGACAUUUUUUUUCCUUUCUGCGUUAAUACUCUUCUUUCCUUUUGUAAGAAUGUAGACGU